AUGUAAACAAUAACAUGCUUUGUACCUUUGUUUUGUGAAAAUGGCCCGUUUAAGCUCCUUGUUUUACGUUUUUAUGCUUCUAUUUCAGCAUAUUGACGGAUACAAAAUUGUUUUUAUGAUACAUGGAGUGAUGGGUGACUCUGGGUCACUUGAAUACCUAUCGGACUACAUAAGGCAGGCGCAUCCAGGCACUGAGGUGCACAACAUGAACCUGUUCCCCAACUACCGAAGUCUGGAGCGACUUUGGACGCAGGUGAAGGGAUUUCGCACAGAGAUUGAGCGCCUCAUCAACAACAGGACUGAAGAGGUGCAUUUACUUGGCUACUCUCAGGGCGGCCUGGUGGCUCGGGGAGUGGUACAGAGCUGGGACAACCACCCGUUCAGCAGCUUCAUAUCACUCAGCUCACCGCAGGCCGGCCAGUUCGGAGAUGGGUUCCUGCACCUGGUGUUUCCGGGCGCGGUGCGGGACGAGGCGUUCCGACUCUUCUACAGCAGGUUCGGCCAGCUGACCUCAGUCGGAAACUACUGGAACGACCCGCGCGAGCAGGCCGCCUACCUCAAGUACAGCCAGUUCCUAGCGCCCCUGGACAAUGAGGUGUUCUCGAACAGCUCGAAGCGCUACCGUCGGAACCUGCUGCGACUGCAGAGGCUGGUGCUGAUCGGCGGUCCCGAUGACGGUGUCAUCACUCCGUGGCAGAGCAGUCAGUUCUCGUACUACGACGCAAACCUGACUGUGGUGGACGUGCACCAGCGGCACGGGUACCGCGCCGACGACAUCGGACUCAAGACGCUGGACAAGCGCGGCGCGCUGCGACUGCACACGUACCCGGGUAUACACCACACCAGGUGGCACCACAACAUCACCGUCAUCAGAGAGGCCAUCCUGCCCUACCUCGACUGACCGAACGCCGGUGCCCGGGGUACGGGUAACCGGUGUACUACGGGUGCCUGCGUAAACGGGUAUCUGGUGUACCCGUUCACCCAAUGUACGGGUGCCCGGUUUCCCAGCCUGAUGCCUGGUGCCUAGUGUCCCAGUCCGGUGUGCAGGUGCCCGUUGUACGGACCGUGUUAUCCCUAUGGAAGCGUGUUAUCCCUAUGGAAGCGCCCUUUUGCACGUGCCGACGGCGCACCCCUGGUCCGAUUGCGCCCAUCUUUUGAUACGAUGGUCCGCCCCACCCAAAGUUUGUGCCCAGUAAAUUUCAUGUCGAUACGCGGCGCCGUUCCGGCGCUUUAAGACACAUAAGGCAUGACACAGCGAUGAUGACAACUUAUAAUUUAUUAAUUGGCACCGGGAGCUGGUGGCCGAGCACGUGCCGCUGCUGACCCCCGACCAGCGCGCCGUGUUCGAGGAGGUCGGCCGACGACUGCCAUUUCCUGCCAGUCAGUGAUAUCACGCCUUUCCGGCGCGUACUGUCUAUCGAUAUAUGUAGACUCCACGGACCGGCUUUUCUCCGUGACGACCAGUCUUCUCUGAUGAGAACAAUUGGCGACAGGUCGAAGGUACGCCUUCUCACAGCUAUAAUGUGUUCGAUUUUAGGUAUAUGACAGGCUGUUGGAGGGGGGGGGGAGGAGCUGGGAGGGGUGUCACAUUCCGGUCAGGGUCUCAUCCAAUCCAGCGAAAAAAUAUGCAGUGUGAGCAUGACGUGUUUUCGUCAAAUCCGUAACGGAGAUACUGCGAACAGUUCCGGUAACAUAUGAUUGGAUGCAACGAAAAGCAAUUAUAAAUGUUUGUUUCAAACACCAUAGAAACUUUGACCUGAGCCGUCAAGUUUCAUAAGUUAAACGCUGUUUUUAAAUCUGUUUUACAUUAGAGACUGAUCGUAGGUUGUCUGUUUUAACUAGGCUUAUUAGCCUAGGAAUACAGAAUCAGUAGUAUACUGAGAUGACUGAAAUCCGUUCCCAACCUGACAGUUCCUCGUGCUCCAGCAGCGUUUUCAAAUUUCGAUAUACUGGAAAGCUCAUCUACCUGGUGCGUUGCCUCUAUCUUUCCCGUACGCUGCCCUUCCAGGCUGUGGAAUCGUUUGCUCUAAUCCUCUUUUCAACACAGGCAGUUAAACGACCGGAGAGGCUUUGGUCCUUUACUCGCUCUACCAGUAGCCGUUUGUGGGCCAUAUGUCGGCAGGUACAGAACUCGGGUGGAGUUAAGCGCUCUGUUCGUGUUUAUUUAGGGCUGAGAAGACCGUAGACGGCUGUGUUUGAGUUGGCUGAGGGAGGGCAAAGAGCUCCAAGACAAGGCUGACCCGAGCUGGUGUUUGUGUAUCUGGGUGAGUGUGUUUGUGUGCGUUGCGUGGGGGGAGUGGGGUGGGCUGUGUUUACGAUGCACAGUAUGAUUGGGAUAUGCUCCGUGAGGCGAUUAACUAGCUCAAGGGCUCUCAAAGUCAGACUGCCAUUGCUGGCACCCGGGUGUGAUGUGCAUUAGUAUUUACGAUAUCAACCAAUGCCAGUUAUUGUACUGUGGUGCUAUGCACAGUAUUAGCAAUACGCUACCUACUUGAUAUGUCUAAUGCUGGUCAGACUGUGCCUAUGCGUUGAAUGCUGCCUUGAUAUCGAACUAAGGUGGAGAUGUGCUCCUCCUGUGUCAGUGGUGGGAGGGUUUUCAACAGUGCUGGUGACCCUGAUGUGCAGCUGGGAGUGGCGACCCUGCCCCGCCCGCGCCGGUACAAAGCGACCCGCCCUGCGCGGGUAGCCCGUGAACAAUGACCGUGAACACUCGCUGUACAGCGAACGAAACUGAAUUGUGACCAUAAUUGCUCGCGUUUCAGCGAACAGAGCUAAUGGGUGACCGCAAUCACUGGUUUCAAUGAACUGAACGUUCGAUUGAGCAUCGAUCGUAUUGGGUCAGAUUCUGGAACACCGAUGAAGUGCAAUGGGUGGUGUAUUUACCACGUUACAAGUUAUUGCCAUGAUCUCCGCCGGCCUGUAUUAUUUUAAUGCUCUAACUUCAUAUAGGUACUUGACUUGGUAAGCUGCCAGGCAACCUCUAGCCGUCAGCCUUAGUUCGGCAUGUGGCUAUGUUGGGAAGAGGUUUCCAACCCACCCUCGUUUUGUCAUUUACGUGUUUUGUAGUUUAGGAGCGUCGGCACUUAAUCACGCCUGUUUAUUCACUUAACAUCAUACUGUGUACUUAAUGAUCCUACUUGGAUUAGCUGGGCUGCGUUAUCUAAUUUUAGAUUUCGUAGCAACAUUCAUCAAUGCAGUUCUGUAUUAUAUAUGAAUACAUAUUUAAUGUUUAUCCGAA